CUCUUCCGAGGGUAGUAGAAAUUGAGUUCGGGGCAUCCUGCAGUGCGCCACCACUGCCACCACACCUUUCAUUCACCUUUCCCCCAUCCGGCAUAGACUGCCUGCUCCAUUUCUCCGCCUCGGAUUUGUCUUGCAUUGCAUCUCUCCGAUCUUGCCCUACUGUCCGUGCUCGCAAAUCUUCGCAUGCAACAAGGCAGCAGGAUGGGAUAAGCAGGAAACACAACGGAUCAUCCUCAUGCGUAUCCCGAGUAAAUCGGUCUAAUGCUACCAUCACAAGGAUAUAUGUAGACCUCAUCAGGUCGAGGGGUUACACAGCAGCCAGAAUCAACUUCUCCCUCUCCCAGACCAGUAUACUCAACUUAACAUUCUUCAGACCUUUCCACCUUCCCCUUGGGUCCAACACGAUACCAACGCAAUAGACACGAUACCCCCAUAGACAUAGACACAAUGGUCGAACCCAUCGCAGUAAUCGGCUACGGCUUCCGCUUCCCGGGGGGAGCCGACACGCCCUCGAAGCUCUGGUCUCUUCUGCGCGACCCCACCGACCUGAGCAGCAAACCCCCGGCCUCCAGAUUCGACGUCGACCUGUUCUACCACCCCGUCGGCACCCACCACGGCACCACCAACGCCCCCAAGUCCUACUGGCUGGCUGAGUCGGAAGACUCAAGCGCAGGCAGCAGCCCCGUCGCCCAGUUUGAUGCCGGCUUCUUCAAUAUCCAGGCCGCCGAGGCCGACGCCAUGGACCCGCAGCAGCGGUUGCUGAUGGAGGCCGUCUACGACGGGCUGUGCGCGGCCGGCCAGCCUAUGGAGGACCUGCGCGGGUCGGAUACCGCCGUCUACGUCGGGCUGAUGUCGGACGACUGGAGCACGAUGCUGACCCGCGACUGGGAGACACUGCCGCGCUACACGGCCACGGGCCUGGAGCGUGGCAUCGUCGCCAAUCGGUUGUCCUACUUCUUCGGGUGGCAUGGUCCCAGCAUGACUAUCGACACGGCCUGCUCGAGCAGUCUGGUCGCCCUCGAUCUGGCAGUGCAGGCCCUGCGCAGUGGGAAGUCCAAGGUUGCCGUGGCGGCGGGCACGAAUCUGAUUCUCAGUCCAGCAAUGUACAUCUCCGAGAGUAAUCUGGGAAUGCUUUCUCCCAACGGUCGCUGCGCCAUGUGGGAUGUCGCCGCCGACGGGUACGCGCGCGGCGAGGGUGUUGCGGCCGUGUUGGUGAAGACCCUGUCGCAGGCGCUGGCGGACAACGACCCCAUCCAGUGCAUUAUCCGCGAGACCGCCGUGAACCAAGACGGCCGCACCGCCGGUCUGACCGUGCCCAGCAACAUCGCGCAGGCGGCCUUGAUCCGGGAAUGCUAUGCGCGCGCGGGCCUCGACCCCAUCCGCAACAUCAACGAUCGACCGCAGUUCUUCCAUGCCCACGGCACGGGCACGCAGGCGGGCGAUCCGCAGGAGGCUGAGGCGAUCUCGAACGCCCUCUUCCCAACCGGGGUCGUCUCCACCGAGGAGAAACUGGUGGUGGGAUCCAUCAAGACGGUCAUCGGUCACACAGAGGGCACGGCGGGUCUCGCCAGUCUGAUUGGCACGGCAUUGGCCCUGAAGGACCACACCAUGCCGCCGAACUUGCACUUCCAGGACCUCAGCCCCAAGGUCGCGCCAUACUUCAAGCACCUUGAGAUUCUGACUGCGCAAAAGCCGUGGGUUGUCGCGGAGGGCCAGGUACGAAGAGCGAGCGUCAAUAGUUUCGGCUUCGGCGGUACGAAUGCCCACUGCAUUCUGGAAGAGUACAUCGCCCCAGACAGGGCGGAAGAAUCCGAGGGCAAUGGUCAGCUCUACACGCCGCUGGUGUUCUCAGCUGCUGCAGAGAAGCCUCUGCGCGAGAUGCUGGCACAACACCUCGAGUUCCUCAAGACGAACCCUGACAUCUCCUUGGCUGAUGUUGCCUACACGCUGCAAGUCCGACGAUCGACGCUGCCUUACCGGAAAGCGGUGUCAGCAACGACGCUCGACGACGCAAUAAGUGCCUUGGAAGAGCUUGUCUCAAGCACAGACACGGCUCUGAGUCCGCGCUUCAGCUCACCGGCCGCCCCCAGGAUUCUAGGCAUCUUCACCGGACAGGGAGCGCAAUGGCCCAGAAUGGGCGCGCGGCUGCUCGAAACCUCGCGGUUCGCCGCCGAACGUCUCGCCCUGCUCGAUCGUGCACUGCAGAGCCUUCCCGACCCAGCAGACUGUCCCACGUGGACUCUGGCUGACCAGCUCCUGGCCAGCGCGGAGACUUCGCGGAUCGCAGAGGCGGCUCUCUCUCAGCCGCUGUGCACGGCCGUCCAAAUCCUGCUGGUAGACAUCCUGCGCGCCGCGGGUAUCACCUUUGCGGCUGUUGUGGGGCACUCCUCUGGCGAGAUUGGCGCCGCCUACGCCGCCGGGCUCCUGUCUGACGUCGACGCCAUCCGGAUUGCCUACUAUCGUGGUGUGCAUGCCAAGCGUGCCGCCAGCCCCAACCUCCAUGCGCCCCGCGGAGGCAUGAUGGCUGUCGGUGCAGACAAGGAGACCGCCCAAGCACUCUGCUCUACGCCUCAAUUCUAUGGUCGUCUGCAGCUUGCUGCUGUCAACUCGCCCUCUAGUGUCACAUUGAGUGGCGAUGUUGAUGCAGUCGAGGAGGCUGAAGCUCUGCUCAAGGCUCAAGGCACAUUUGCUCGUAAGCUGAAAGUGGACACUGCCUACCACAGCGCUCACAUGGCCGCAUGUGCUGGACCCUAUCUGGCUUCCUUGGAUGAAUGCGGAGUUCAGGCCACUGCAACCCCGAACAGUUCGACAGUCUGGUAUUCCAGUGUCUUCGAGGGCCAACCCAUGAACUCUACGAAUCUGACGAAUCAGUACUGGGUGGACAACAUGUGCAAAGCCGUUCUCUUUGCUGGUGCGCUCAGCGAGGCCCAGGACGCAACGGGACAAUUCGACCUGGCCAUCGAGGUCGGCCCGCACCCAGCGCUCAAGGGACCCGCCACGGCCACGAUUGCCACUACGCCCUACACGGGUCUGUUGGCGCGAGGCCAGGACGACGUUGUACAGCUCAACACCGCUCUUGGCGCUGUAUGGACGCAGCUGGGCACUGGUAACAUUAAGCUCGCAGCCGUCGAGUCGCUCCUUUCUGGCAGCGGCCGCAGUCCGGUCGUCAUCGACGAUCUCCCGUCGUAUCCCUUUGACCACUCCAAGGCACACUGGACAGACAGUCGGGUGGCCAACCACUUCAAGCAUCGGCAACCGACCCACAAGCCCAACCCUCUGCUAGGUACGCCCAUUACUGAAGCCUUGACGCCGGGUGAGGUGCAGUGGCGCAACUUCCUGCAGCCCCGCGACCUGCCCUGGCUCAACGGCCAUCAGCUGCAGGGCCAGACCGUCUUCCCGGCCAUGGGAUACGUCAGCAUGGCCGUCGAGGCGCUUUCCCGACUGGCACAGGAGAGUACUGGUGGCGACAGCACCCUCGGAGUGAUCAGCGUGCGCGACGUCCAGAUCCCCCGUGCUGUCACCCUAGACGACGACGAUUCCAGCGUCGAGGUCAUCUUCAGCCUCUCGGCCAUCGAGCGGUCCGCGACAAACAUCACCACACGGUGGGCCUGCUACUCAGUGACGAACGGCAGUACUCUGGUGUUGAACGCCCAGGGCCGAGUAGAAGGAGAGCUCUGUGCUCAGGCUGCCGAUACCCUUGACUCGGGCGCAGCUAAAAAUACCUACCAGCUCGUCCCGAUCACAGAGGAACACUUCUACGCGAAUCUCUCCCGCGUCGGAUACGGCUACAGUGGACACUUCCGGGGGCUGAGCGACAUCCGCCGGAAGCCCGGAUACAGCACUGGCACUUUGACGGAUCACGCCGGUUCGGGCUGGGAAGAUGACCUCCUCGUCCACCCUGGUACCCUGGACUCAGCGCUGCAGAGCAUUUUCGCCGCGUGGUCGUACCCCGGUGACACGCAACUCUGGUCGCUGCACGUCCCGGUAUCCAUUGACGCGAUCACCAUCAACCCGUAUUUCACCCAAUCGGGAGCCGGUGGACGACCCGACCGACUGGAGUUCGAGGCGAGUAUUACCAAAAGGGAGCCCACUCAGAUCGUAGGAGAGUUGACGUUGCGCCACAAUGUCGAGGGAUCUGCACCUGCCGUCGUCGUACAGGUGGAGGGUGCAACUCUUGUCCCAUUCUCGCCAGCCACCUCGCGCGACGACCUUCCGAUGUUCUCCCAAUUCCAGUAUGGACUCGCCACCCCCGAUGGCCUUCUCGCCGCUGAGGGUGAGACGCUCACCGACGUCGAAGUCCAAAUGUAUCAGGAUGUGGACCGCAUCUCCUACUGGUAUCUUCGCGAGGCCGCCGCCGCCAUUCCUGCCACCGAGCGCGAUGGCCUCCUGCCCCACUACCAGAAAUACCUGGGCUGGUGUGACCGGAUGGUGGAGAUGGUGUCUCGAGGCGCCCACCCAAAGGUCUCAGCUAGCCGCAACCAGGAUACUCGGGAGCAGAUUGCCGAGUUGUGCGCCCGGUAUGCCGACCGGAAGGACUUCCGUUUCGUCGAGGUAGUGGGCGAGAACCUGGUCCCCGUGCUGCGGGCGGGAACCUCCAUGUUGGAGCACAUGAACCAGGAUGGACUUCUGCGGGCAUUCUAUGCGGAAGACGCCAUCUGCUCCGGUCCCACCGGUCGCUGGCUCUCGCGCAUCGUGGCUCAAAUCUCGCACCGCUUCCCCGGGGUGCACAUUCUCGAGGUGGGUGCCGGCACUGGUGCCACAACCUCGGCGGUGCUCGACGCUGUGCAGGGCAGCUAUGGCUCCUAUACCUUCACGGAUAUCUCCAGCGGGUUCUUCUUGGCGGCGGAGGACCGCUUCGGGCCCGAUGCUGCUCGCAUGCGCUAUCAGACCUUUGAUAUGGAGCGGUCUCCCUCCACCCAGGGCUUCGAGGAGGAGACAUACGAUGUCAUCGUGGCGGUCAACGUUCUGCACGUCUCGGGGGAUAUCCAGGCUUCGCUAUCCAACGUGCGCCGUCUUCUUCGACCGGGAGGCUUCCUGGUGGUCGCUGAGCUGACCUCGACGGACUUGCUCUUCAGCGGCAUGACCGUCGGCACACUGCCCGGAUGGUGGAUUGGCGCGGACACCGGCCGGCCCUGGGGUCCCUUGUUCACAUUGAGUCAAUGGGAUGCAGCACUGCAGGCAUCCGGGUUUGGCGGUAUCGAUACUGUCAGUCCGGAUAUCAGCGCCUCAUUGCCCAUGACGGUCUUUGUGGCACAAGCCGUUGACGAUCGCGUCGCUCUCCUGCGGAACCCGCUCAGCGUGGCCGUUCAUCCCGAAGGGAUCCGGACUGAUGCCCUGGCUAUUGUCGGAGGCACGACCUGGCCGGUGCACAAACUUGGCCGGGACGUUGCCCAAGUCCUGGGGCCGCGGUUCGGGCGCACCGAGUUCUUCCCCACGCUGUCCGACCUGGCUAGGUCAGACUUGACGCCGUCCAAGUUCUCUGUGCCCGGAUCGCUAACGAUUCUCGUCCUCACCGAUCUCGAUCGCCCGUAUCUCGAUGAUGUGACGCAGGACAAGCUCUCGGCUCUGCAGACCUGCACCAGCACGGCGGGUACAUUCCUCUGGGUCACCGCAGGCGCGCGCGACCAGACCCCAGCCAGCUACAUGAUGCUGGGCAUUUUCCGCACCAUCCAGAACGAGCAGCCAGAUCUGAACAGUCAGUUGUUCGAUCUCGAGACCGGCAUUCAGGCGGGAACUGCCAACAUCCUUGCCGAGGCCCUGUUGCGUCAGCAGGCGCUUUACAGCUGGAAAGCCAGCGAGCCGGAUGCCUCGCUGCUGUGGACCAUGGAGCCCGAGGUCUAUUCCAGCAGCACAAGCAAGCUCUAUAUCACGAGACUGCGAGCCGAUCAGGCGAAGAACAACCGUUACAACGCCCUCCGCCGCUCCAUCAAAGCCACAGUGUCGCCGGCGACCGAACGAUUGGCGCUGGUAAGCGUGGAAGACGGAGAUGCUCAGGCACUGGCGCUGCAGGUCCCCUCGCCAUUGCGCUGGUCGCCGCCGCUCGACGAGCCAGCACGCUCGCUCCGGAUCACACAUUCCUUGCUGCAAAGUGUGGCUGCGUGCACGGGAGAAUUUGUUCGGCCGUGUAUCGGAAAGGACAUCGACACCCAAGAGACGGUCUUCGCAUUGGCCACAUCAAAUGAGUCGGUGGUCACAGUACCUCGUUCUCAAUGUGUACUGGUGGAAGAAAAUGCGCAUGGGGAGCCAGCACUGGCCUCCCGCCUGGUGUCACUGGCUGCGCAGCUCAUCGCUCAGCGCAUCCUGUCGAUCGCUCUUCCCGGGUCCACUGGCUUGAUUCAUUCGGCCGAUGCUACGCUUCAAGCAGCACUGACAGCGCAAGCAGAGGCGAAGAAUGUUGCUCUCGUCUUUACUGACACCGCAACUGAUAGUCAAGAUACAUCAACCAUCCAUCUGGAUCCCCGUCUGUCCCAGUCGGCGGUCAAGAGCCUACUUCCUAAAGCUCCUGGCUUCGCGGUGCUGUUCUCCAACGGCAAGGCAAUGCAUCAGACCAUCCUGCAGCAUCUGCCUGCCUCCUGUUUGGUACUCAACGAACAAACCUUAAUAAGUCACGCCGUUACCGAAAGCGAGCUCAACGCUUCUUCGAGCAUUGCUCAACAAUUCCAGACGGCCUACAAGGCUGCCUCAUCUUCUACCGCAGCUUCGCUUCCGCCUCUUAUCGCUUUAGACCAAGUGCAGGACAACUCAAUGCUCGGAGAAGCCCUGAGCGUCAUCGACUGGACUGCCAGCCCGACAGUGACGGCGACCGUCCAGCCCAUCACCUCCGGCCGCCUCUUCCGUCCCGACCGCACCUACCUCUUCAUCGGAAUGGCCGGAGAACUCGGUCAGUCACUGGCAGGCUGGCUCAUUGCGCACGGCGCCCGCUACGUGGUCCUCACCAGCCGAACGCCCAAGGUCUCCCCGCAGUUUAUCCAGGAGAUGGCCACGCAGCACCAGGCGGUCGUCCGCGCGGUGUCCCUAGACAUCACCAGCCAACACUCCCUCCUCUCCGUUCACGCUGCCCUGACCGCGACCCUGCCCCCGAUCGCCGGCGUCAUCAACGGCGCCAUGAUCCUCUCCGACGAGCUGUUCGCCCGCAUGAGCUACGAGCAAUUCACGCGCGUGCUCGCUCCCAAAGUCCGCGGCACGCAGCUCCUGGACGAACUCUUCCGGUCCCCCGACCUGGACUUCUUCGUGGUGGCCUCUAGUAUCGCGGCGGUGAUCGGCUGGACGGGCCAGAGCAACUACUCCGCGGCGAACGAGUACAUGAUCUCGCUGAUGCACCAGCGGCGCCGCAAGCACGGCCUGCCCGGGUCGGCUAUGAGUAUCCCUGCGGUGCUCGGCGUGGGGUACGCCGCCCACUCCGACACCUUCGACUUCGACUACUUCGCCUCCCUGGGGUAUAUCAAUAUCAGCGAGGAGGAUCUGCAGGUGCUGUUCGCGGAGGCGAUCCUGUCCGGUCGGCCGGCUGUUAACGAGGAGGAGGAUCGCCUCGCGGCGUCGGCGCAGGUGGUCACCGGGGUGAAUACGCGGGUUCCUUCGGAGGAGGAGCUGGUUCCCGAGGGACGCAGACGCGAUGUGAAGUUCUCGCACUUGGUGCGUCGCGACGAGGGCAGUGUUGGACCUGGUGGUGGGGAUGCUGGUGCGGCGGCUUCGGAGCCCAUCAAGGUACGGCUGCAGCGGGUGUUGGAGUCGCCUGCUGAGGCGUUUGUGGUGGUCAAGGAGGCGUUCGUCGCGCAUCUCAAGCGGUUGCUGCGCAUCCCGGCGGCGGAGGCGGUCGAUGAGGCGGUGCCGCUGGUGGAUCGUGGGGUGGAUUCGCUGGUGGCGGUCGAUAUCCGGGCGUGGUUCACCAAGGAGCUGCAGGCGGAUAUUCCGACGUUGAAGAUCUUGAAUGGGGGGUCUGUGGGUGAUCUGGUCCGCGAUGCUGUUGAGCAAGUGGCUGAAGAAGUGAAGAAGGACGAAGAGGAAGAAGAGGAGUCGGUGACUAAGACCAGCCCACUGCCCACUCUGACGGCCAACAGCAGCUCGGGCAGUCCCUUGUCUACCCCGGCUGCGUCCGAUCUCGAGUCGGUCGAGUAUCUGGCAGGCGCCAAGGAGGAUCUGGGCUUCUGCGUCAAGGAGCGCAUUUUGGAGGUCUCUCUCGAUGCUUAG